AAAGAGUUGUAUACUGAGGGGACACGCCUGGUGAGGGGGGAAGCGCGGCUAUUUCUGUAGGUGUUGUGUCCCGACACCCCCCUUGCAGGUGGGCUGCUCCACUUCCUGCCUACCCGCUCUCGGAUGGUCGGGACCGGGCGGAGCCGUUGUUGUGGCCCCCCCAGAGCCGCCCCCGCCAUGAACUGCCGCGCGGAGGUGCUGGAGGUGUCGGUGGAGGGGCGGCAGGUGGAGGAGGCCAUGCUGGCUGUGCUCCACACCGUCCUCCUGCACCGCAGCACCGGCAAGUUCCACUACAAGAAGGAAGGCACCUACUCCAUCGGCACUGUCGGCACCCAGGAUGUGGACUGCGACUUCAUCGACUUCGCCUAUGUCAGAGUCUCCUCAGAGGAGCUCGACCGGGCCCUCCGCAAGGCUGUCGGAGAGUUCAAGGACGCACUGCGCAACUCGGGCAGUGAUGGGAUGGGGCAGAUCUCCCUGGAGUUCUACCAGAAGAAGAAGUCACGUUGGCCCUUCUCAGAUGAGUGCAUCCCCUGGGAGCUGUGGACCAUCAAGGUGAACGUGGUGAACCUGGCCAACGAGCAGGAGCGGCAGAUCUGCCGGGAGAAGGUGGGCGAGAAGCUUUGCGAGAAGAUCAUCAACAUCGUGGAGGUGAUGAAUCGCCACGAGUACCUCCCCAAGAUGCCCACCCAGUCGGAGGUGGACAACGUCUUCGACACCAGCUUGAAGGAUGUGCAGCCCUACCUCUACAAGAUCUCCUACCAGAUCACGGACUCCUUGGGCACCUCGGUCACCACCACCAUGCGCCGGCUCAUCAAGGACACGCUGGCUCUGUAGGCUCACCCCAUGGCAUGGUGGCACCUCACCAGCACAGCUCAUGGAUUUUUGGGUUGGCGUCUUCUUGGAUUCCUCCUCUCCACCUCCAAGAAGCCUCUGUGAGAACCUGGGCUUCUCCUGGCUCUUAAUUGGGGGUUGCUGCUGGUUUGGUUUACACUCGCCUGUCCUGGAGAACCGGCUGGGUGGCUCCCAGGUUGGUUGAGGGGUGGGAGCCGCUGUGGUUUCCGCACCGCGGCGCUGGGGAUUGGCACAGAGCAGCAGUGACGGCACCCAAAUCCCAUCCAGCCCUGCCUGUGGCUGCGCCCGCAGCCAGUGUUCAUCCCUCAACACUGCGUGUCCCCUGGUCCUGAGCCGAGCUCGCUGCAGUUCUGGGGCAAAAAUAAAGCGUUUCUCCUUUC